GUAGGUGAGGUGUAAUGAGGCUCGGUGUAAUCAGUGUCAUGUCGGACCCGAGCGAGGCGCAACAAAAUGGCGGUAGAUUCUUGACGGUGCCCUCAACACGUACCGGGCGGGGCAAACCCGAGUAAACUGACCUGUUGAAUGGCCUGCAUUGUCUACUUGACACCUGUAACAACAUAGAGCGUUCUUCAAUACUAACAUUGGAAUGAAUUCCAGCUGUUCCGUUUGAUGUGACUUCCUCUGGUGGAUUUCUGCCUUGAAGAUGGAUGCUUGCGAGCUGUUGCUGGAUAGAACCUAGGAUCUGUAUGGUUUUAGAGUGGAUGUUUACAGUUGCACACGGAUGACCUCUAUGGGCAGCACUUGGCUCUUGGAUACAGUUUUUCAAUCAUGGUAAAACUUGCAAACCCUCUCUAUACGGAGUGGAUUUUGGAAGCCAUACAAAAAGUGAAAAGGCAAAAACAGCGUCCAUCGGAGGAACGUAUCUGUCAUGCGGUAUGCGUUUCUCAUGGCCUUGAUAAAAAGCUUGCUCUGGAGCAGCUCGAACUAAGUGUCCAGGAUGGCUCUGUUCUCAAGGUCAUCAACAAAGGUGUGGCUUCGUACAAGGACCCUGAAUAUCCUGGGCGCUUUACAGUGGCCAGCCCUGGUCCUCUGCCAAAAGCAGGAAAGGGGCAGAGGACAGGCAGCUCAGACCUGCGUAGUGUCGAUUGGAAUAAAAUCCUUCGCCGGGCAGUUGAGGGGCUUCAAGAACCAAAUGGCUCUUCCUUGAAGAAUAUAGAGAAAUUCCUAAGGAGCCAGAAUGACCUGUCUGGUAUUGUGGCCAACCCAAUUUUUCAGCGGAGGUUGCGUUUGGCAGCUAAAAGAGCUGUUAACAGUGGGAGGCUAUUGAAGAAUGGUCCACAAUAUAGAAUUAAUUAUGGAGGCUUGGAAAGCAAAGGAUCCUCUAAAUAUUGCAGUUCUUCCAUGACAGUGCUACCUGUGGUUAGCCUUCUCCCUCAUGAAAAGGACCAGCCACGUGCGGAUCCCAUUCCUAUCUGUAGCUUCUGCCUUGGGACAAAAGAAUCUAAUCGUGAAAAAAAGCCAGAAGAGCUGAUCUCAUGCGCGGACUGUGGGAGCAGUGGUCACCCUUCGUGUUUAAAAUUCUGUCCUGAGCUGACUUCUAAUGUAAAAGCGCUAAGAUGGCAGUGCAUUGAAUGCAAGACGUGCAGUGCCUGUAGGAUCCAGGGAAGAAAUGCAGAUAACAUGCUGUUUUGCGACUCUUGUGACAGGGGAUUUCACAUGGAGUGCUGUGACCCACCACUUUCUCGCAUGCCAAAAGGCAUGUGGAUUUGUCAUGUCUGCCGGCCAAAGAAAAGAGGCAGGAAGAUCCUUCAGGAAAAAGCUGCGCAGAUUAAGAGGCGAUACGCAAAACCUAUUGGGCGACCGAAAAACAAGCUAAAGCAACGCAUGUUGUGUAUGCCAAGUGAUAGAGGAUCGCUGAAUGCCUUUCCAGGAAUGGGGCCACCCGGUAGGAGUCAAAAAACUAAAGUGUGUCCAACCACCCCACCAUCUGGUCAUGCUGCAUCUGUGAAGGAACCCAGCAGCAGUCUGGCUGCAAGCAACCUCACCUGGCCUGGCCCCCAUCCCAUCACUCCCACCUUCACAUCCACCUGCUCUCCCCUCAAAGUUAACAAGAAAACCAAAGGGCUCAUUGAUGGGCUCACUAAGUUUUUUACUCCCUCACCUGAGGGGCGCAGAUUUCGGGGUCAGAUUGUAGACUUUUCCGUGCACUACCGGCCAAGGAAAAAACUCCCCGACCCUGAGGCUGGCACUCUCCACAUGCCAGCCACGAGUACCACGCACAGGCUAAGCUGCCCCUCUCAGCCUCCACAACCUGUUCCUCUCUCACUAGCAACUUCUUUUUCUAAUCACAGCCCUGGCUCCCAGAAAUCCAGCAAUUCUACCACUUCCAAUUCCCCUCAGAGCUCCUCAAGCCACUCCAGCGUCCCUUCCCUCAGAAGCCUCCCCAGUAACAGUCAACUGAAGGGGCUCUUUGAUGGACUUUCCCACAUUUUUGCUACCCAGGGCCAGCCACGCCAAAAAAGCCACCCAAGCUACGCACCUCCCAAGCGCAUUCGACGCAAAGGCAGACUCUACGCUUCGGCCCAUUUCUUUGGCAAGCGGGAUGCAAGGAGUAGGCUCCUACUUCCCCACCCUGCUCCUUCCAACUGGGCAGUGCCCAGGGGGCGUGCACUGAAAGCCAUCGCCCACUUCAAGCGUUCAACGUUUCUAAAAAAUCACAGGACAAUAGGCAGGUUAAAGUAUAAAGCGGGUUCCCUAGGGGCGGGAGCCAGGACAUCAGGGAAGGUCAGCUUGGCAGACAGCAGGAUUAAGCCCGUCCAGGAUGAUGAAGCCGACCUAAAAUCCUGCAUUAAGCCGGAGAGAUGGGAGUUGAAUUUGCCUGGUCCAGCGGAGUAUGUCACACAGGAUGAUAUAGAUGUAUUCAUGCAAGCGCGGGAACUGUCUUUCCAGAAAAUAGGAUGCAGCAAUGUUGCUGACAACAUUGGACGGUACCCGUCUGCUAUUGAGUUUGGGAAAUAUGAAAUCCAGACAUGGUACUCAUCGCCUUAUCCACAGGAAUAUGCAAGGUUACCAAAGCUUUACCUGUGUGAGUUCUGUCUGAAGUACAUGAAAAGUAAGACCAUUCUCUUACGCCACUUAAAGAAGUGUGGCUGGUUCCACCCUCCUGCUAAUGAAAUCUAUCGGAAGGAUGACCUCUCAGUAUUUGAAGUAGAUGGAAACAUCAGCAAAAUUUAUUGCCAAAACCUUUGUUUGCUUGCCAAGCUCUUCCUGGACCACAAAACUCUGUAUUACGACGUGGAGCCAUUUCUUUUCUAUGUUCUCACCAAAAAUGACAAGAAGGGCUGUCACGUGGUUGGAUACUUCUCCAAGGAGAAGCUUUGCCAGCAGAAGUACAAUGUCUCCUGUAUUAUGAUCUUGCCUCAGUACCAGCGGCAGGGUUUUGGAAGGUUCCUUAUAGACUUCAGUUAUCUUCUCUCCCGCCGUGAGGGCCAAGCAGGCUCUCCUGAAAAACCCCUCUCAGACCUGGGUCGGCUAUCUUACUUAGCUUACUGGAAGAGUGUCAUUGUCAAUUAUCUGUCUUCACACCAAGAAAAACAGGUCAGCGUCAAGGGACUUAGUCGAGCUACAGGAAUGUGUCCCCAUGAUAUUGCCACUACACUGCAACAUCUAAACAUGAUAGACAAGAGAGAUGACAGGUUUGUGAUCAUAAAAAGAGAGAAGAUAAUGGCUGGCCACAUGGGAAAGGCUAAAGAUCGCUCCCGUGUCAAUGAGGUGGAUCCCGAGUGCCUCCGAUGGACACCAGUCAUCACAUCCAAUGCUGCCGUAUCUGAAGAGGAACGGGAGGCCGAAAAGGAGGCAGAGCGCCUAAUGGAGCAGGCAAGCUGUGGAGAGCGGGAGUACCAGCACAUUCACUCCUCCCGUGCUCACUCCAAGCAAUCACCCUCCAUGGAGCAGAACAUCACAAAGUACUUGCUUCCUCCGGAGAGCAGCUCUCUAACAACAGAUAGGGGGCAACCUGCAGAUCUCACCAAGCAGAACAGCACAGAGGAAGACGGAAGACUCGAUAAUUCAGUGUCAAAACCAACCAAGCCCCAGGCACUUGCAGUUAAGAGAAAGCGAGCAUUCAGCCUAAGAAGGAAACGAGGUCGAAAACGCAAGAGAAUAAACAGCAGUGUCACUACAGAAACCAUCUCAGAAACAACAGAGGUUCUAGAUGAACCCUUUGAGGACUCUGACCGGGAUAGCCCUGUGCCCCUGAGAGACUCAAAACCAGGUGCAAGAAAAACUGCCCAACAGCAUCAUCUACAAAGCAGAAAAGUGCAGGAGACUUCAGAUCAUGUGGAGGAAACUCCAGCUAAGGCAGCUGAUAAGGAAGGUCCACGUCACGCCCCACGAAAACAAGGGUGGCCAAAGGGAGUUAAAAGAGGACCUUCGAAGAGAAGACGUAGCAUGGACAGGAAAGCCGGCUUCAAACUCAAUUUGUAUACUCCUCCAGAGACCCCCAUGGAACCUGAUUACAAGGCUCAGAUUGAGGAGGUGAAAGAGGCAGAAGAAGAAGAAGAGAAAGAUUUCUCCACUCAAGAGGUUGCAGUGCAAACUAGUAAAGAGUCUGAACCUAAUGAAGAGGAGCCAGAGACCAUCUCCUCAGAGCCAACUAGCCCAAAGAAUACCAAUGUGGAAAAAACAGAGUCUGUAGAUAAUCAAGAGCUCAAUGGGGUUAUACAGGAAGAAGAAGAGAAAGAUGAAGACAAGAUGCAAGAAGAGGACACCACUAAAGAGGAGGAAGACCAUGAGAAGCCAAAUGAAGAGAAGCUAGACAAAGAAGAUGAACAAAUAAAUGAUUCAAUCACCGGAAAAUCAGAUACUCUUGCUGUAAUGGAGGAAGAAGAGGAGGAGGAAGAAGAGGAGCAUUCUCACAAUGAUGAUCAUGAUGCAGACGAUGAGGAUGACAGUCAUCUGGACACAUCUGAGAAGGAGAUUUCAGAAGAACCACUUCAAGAACCCAUAGAGGAACAGGAGACUUUUUUAGAGCUUGGCAUCACAACUGACAACCCAUGUGAGGGAGAGGUUUCCAAUAGCAGCGGUGCUGAUGUAAUGGAGGUGGAACCCAUCAGUGAGAAGCCUAGUAAUCCAAAGGCUAUAGAGGAAACAGAGGAGCAAGCCAUGGUUCCUGAUGAAAGCCACACUGGGAAUCUGGUCCCACAGCUGUCAGGGUGUGGUGGAGAGACUUUGGACAUUGACUCUGAGACUGCACAGGCUGUCCAAUCUCUUACACGUGAAAGUGAGGAACAUGAAGCAUACACAGACUGUACAGAGACCCAGGAGGCUUGUCACAGCCUUCAAAAUUAUGUGCAGAGCCCAGCAGCUGCUGUCACAGAGGAUUGCCAACAAUCUGACCACAGCAGCCCAGUCUCAUCUGUCCAUUCACAUCCUGGUCACUCAGUGAGGUCAACAAGCAGCCCUAGUGCACCCUCUCUGGAGAGUAGUUAUGCUCAGAUCAGCCCAGACCAGACUGGUAUGGCCGUUCCGUCCAUGCAGAAUUUAGAGACCAGUCCAAUGAUGGAUGUUUCGUCUGUGUCUGACCAUUCCCAGCAAGUGGUGGAUAGUGGAUUCAGCGACUUGGGCAGCAUUGAAAGCACCACAGAAAAUUAUGAUAAUCCCAGCAGCUACGACUCUGGCAUGGGUGGAGGAAAUAUGUCUUCUCAGAACAGUUGUUCUUACAGUGGGGGAUUGACCUCUUCCAACUUGACUCAGAGUAGUUGUGCUGUAACUCAACAGAUGUCUGCCAUGAAUAACAGCUGCAGCAUGAUCGGGUCACCACCACAGCAGCCCCAAUGUAAUGUUAAGUCCCCACAAGCUUGUGCUGUGGAAAGGCCUCCAAGCAGUGGACAGCAGCUUGCUCCAUGUGGCAUGUCUACUGCUGGCUUUACAUUGCAGGACAUUCCUGAGACAGGAGGUAGUGGCCUUGGAGGGUUGUAUGAUAGGAUAGGCCAAGGGGACUUUGGGCCUGGGCAUUACCCUCAGCCCUCUGCAACUUUUAGUCUUGCCAAACUGCAACAGCUGACCAACACCUUAAUGGAUCACUCCCUGCCUUACAGUCACACACCUGCUGUUACAUCCUAUGCAAAUGGUGCUUCCCUUUCUUCCUCUUUAAGCAACAUGGUGCAGCUUUCACAGUCACCACAUUCUGUACCCCCUCAGUCCCAGGUGGCAAUGACUCCUCCCCCAAACCUUACUCCACCUCCUAUGAACCUGCCCCCGCCAUUACUUCAGCGUAACAUGACCAGUGGGCAGAUGGGGCUCACACAUAGUCAAAGGCUGCAGACUCAGAUGGCUGGCAAAAGCCACAUGUCAAUGCGGACAAAAGUAUCUGCUCUACCCCCAGGAGCUACAUCUGGUCCCCACCCAUCACAGUUAUAUGGUCAUGCCCCUCCGCCACAGGCUGUGACAAUGCAAGCUCCUUCCCGUUCCCUUGCCAUGCAGCGUGGGAUGAAUAUGAGUGUAAACCUAAUGCCAGCACCAGCUUAUAAUGUGAACCCAGUCAACACACUCAAUGCUAUGAGUGGUUAUCGUAUGUCCCAGUCCAUGAUGAACAGCGGAUACCAUAGCAACCAUGGCUACAUGAACCAGAGCCCUCAGUACCCAAUGCAAAUGGGAAUGAUGGGCAGCCAGCCUUAUGCACAGCAGUCAAUGCAGGCUAGUCCUCACAGCAACAUGAUGUACUCCAGCCCAGGGCAUCACGGCUACAUGAAUACUGCAAUGCCCAAGCAGUCCCUCAAUGGGUCAUACAUGAGGCGGUGAGUUGUUCUUAAGGUUACCAGCAUCCCUUACCCUCUUCCCUCAACUCUGCAGCAGCUGCAAAAUGGAAUCUGCACUAUGGACAUUCAGACUGAUAAUUGGAGGCAAACAGACUUGUUCCCACUGUCCUCCUCCAAAAAAAAAUUAAAAAAAAAUAAACAGAAAAAUGUCCCUCCACCUAGACCCCCAGUGCUCCCUUUCCUUCACAGUCUGCACAAAGCUCUAUUGUGCCAGUCCAGAGUUAUUGUUCCUUCUUUUCUGUGUAUCUUGUUUCUAGCCCCAGCUUGUAAUGUAACCAUUUCCCCUUAACCUGGAUACUCAAGCUUCCCUCUGAGGUUAGAGGUAAAAUCCCGAGUGAUGGGAAGGCAGGUUCAUUGCAUUAACAAGUAAAGUGGUAUAGUUGUCUUCCUGAUUUCUGUUCUACUACUCCCUUUUGAAUUCCAAAAUCGUGAUUUUUAUUUUUUAUCCCCACUUUUCUUUCUUGCCCAUUUUGAAAUCAGAAGAUAAGUUUAUUGCUUGAACUCAUGUAUGCAAAUGGAAUCCUUUCAUUGUUUCCCCUUUAGAUAUAGUUGAUUUCCUGUCUGUUUCUAUUUAUAUUGCCCUUAAAACUUAACAAUCACAUUUAUUUUGCUCAUCCUCGUUUCUUCACCGUACAGUUCCCUUAAUUCACAUUCACUCCCUUUUAUCAUCUCACAAGUUCUUUCUCAAGAUAAUUCAAAACCAGCACUCAAAAUGAAUGCAAAAAAAAAAAAGACGACAAAAAUAUAUUUGGCACCACAGAAGCUGGGCAGCCUUACAUACUAUCUUUCUGUUUCUUUAUGUCCUCUCUUAAUGCUUUAUGAAAGGUAGUGUGAACCAUUCUACAACAAAGUAUCACGAUGGAGCGCUUUCUGGCAGCUGAAUGACUAAGUUCCGUUAUAACCCCUGUUCAUUUUUUAAUAUACACCACUCUCCUUUCAUAUUGGAUUUCUUUCUAACCCAGCACUGAAUUAAUAUGAUCCUGUUUAUAAUGCCCUAGUCUGUCUUGGUUUUUUUUUGUUUGUUUGUUUUUUUUCCUUCACUCUUAUUUUAUUUUAAUUUUUUAAUUAUGUUUUAUUUUUUUUUGCUGGAGGUAAGCCUUACUACGCAUGCUGCUUCUGUGUGGUGUGUGAGCUUUUCUACGUAGUAAUGUUAUAAGUCCUGUGCUAAACUGUAAAGCCAUCCGUUAUUAUUUUUUUCUGACAUUGUUUGGCCUUGUUUGAAAGUUAAAGAAAAAAAUAAAAAUAAAUAUAUUUUUGUUAAUUAUGAAACCGUGUACAAUGCUACACUUUUUUUCUCCAGCUUUUUUUCUCUUGAUCAGUCAAGAUUAUAUUAAGGGAGAAAUCACACACACAAUCAGGAUGGCAUUCUAAGAGUGUCGGGGAAAGAAAGAACAAAGUGUUUUGGGAAUAAAGACCUAGAUAAAGUUUUAAUUGUAAACUGAAUUGUUGACUGAAUAAACCACAUUUGCGUUCAUGCAAAUUUCAGAGGGUUAUUCACACUCUUUUCUGUAUUGAAUUGCUGAAUAAUGCACCAUGUACUAUAUUGAGUAUAUCCUUGUGCACAAGAAGCCGAGUUUAAAAUGUGUACACUGAUUUAUCUUGAAUGUUCUCUUUGGCACAGAAAAUAUUAAUGUUUAAAAAAUACAUACUUUUGCAAAGUGUAAAUAACAUUUUGUGUGCAAGGUUUAAAUAGAUCAUUAUAAAUACGUUUCACACCAAACUAUCUUGAUUUAAAGGGAACACUCCAUGCACCAUAACCACUACAGCACCCUGUAAUGGUUAAGGUGUCAAGAGUACCCUGGUACCCCUCCGAUUUUAAGAAGUCAAACUGUUUUUAGAAUGGUUUAACUUUUUAAGUGUUUUGCUUGUUGCCGCUCCCCACCUCCACUACAGCUACAGUAGAGUGGGAGGGUUUCCGUGUGAGCUUAGGCCGGCAGUGCAGGGCUUAGCUUCAUGGACUGAGAGGUCAGCUGACGUGCUCAGCCAAUGAACUAGUCCUGCACUGCAUGGCUUAACUCAGGAGAGCUAGCUUAAGCAGGAGAUUCCAGCUCUCUUUUCGCUGUAGUGGAAAUGGGUUAUAGUGACUGACGAACCCCUGGUGAGACGUCAAGUGGUUGUAAAAUUAGAUUUUGGAUUUCAGCUCGGUCACAUGACUGAAAUCCUUAUUUUAAAAUUUUGAUCUAUUUGCCUACUGGUAGCCAUUGGGCAAAUAAUUCCAUCUGUACUUUAUAUUUAUUUUUUUAACUUUGUA